UGUAGUUUAAUAAAGUUUCGGAAAAGAAAAGUAGCAUACAGAAUGAUGUGUAUAUCCACUACUAACUCAGGCAUGAAAAAACACUUCAAUACCCAUAAUGCAAUUGUGCUGCAAAACUACAACUACGGGUUGCAAUGAGUUCCAAUACACCACAGAAGGUUAGUAACAUUUACUCAGAGUUUCAAUCUGUUACCUGCUCCCUGGAACGUACAGAGUCAUGUCCUCCAGUUAACCACUGUUUGUCCAUUUUCCACCCCAUUGAUAAUAGCUUUGUAACCAGGAUUAUUAAGGGCUCCAGAUCAACUACUUGUAUUAUGGACCCCUUGUCCACCCCCCUGGUUAAAGCAUGUCUGACAUCGCUUUGUCCGCUUAUCACUAACCUCUUGAGACCCUGCGUCCUCAUAUGCGGACAUUACAUUUCUGCUUCUCUGCACCAUGAUACUUAAUUUUUUAAAACGUUGACCCUUUUGCCUCAUAUGGAGACACUGCCUGUACCAUCUAGUGGUCACAUGACAACAUCACACUCAAUUUAUUGAAAACAAGAUGGCGGGAAUCCCAGUAAAAAGUUUCUACAGCCAGUCCAGACAGAAACAUGGGCCAGGGAGAGUUUCAAUGUCAAAAGCAGAACAAUUGCUCAAUGCAAUUGUAGAUAAUUCUGACAUUGAAGAUUUAUCAGAUGGUGAAGAUGGUGAUCCUGCUGUGGAGGAAUACAUUCCAUGUAAUUUACUAGUUUCUGACCUCAGGCCUGUGGAACAACAUCCUAAUGAUUCACCAGAAUCUGAUUCAGAUGAAGACUAUGUACCACCUGAUGCAGCAGAAUCUGAUCACCACUUCAGUGAAGAUAGCAACAGCGAUAAUGAGAGUGAACCACAACGACAUGUGCAUAAACAUGGGCGUAAACCACAGCGUGUUGAGAAUGAUGAAUGUGACUUGGGUGAGCUAGGACGUGGCAAGCCAAUGGCAGGACCUAGAAAUGGACGUGAACAGCUCUGGAAGUCUGCUCCAUUUACCCCAGACUUAGUCCAAUUUCAGGGUGAAGAUGAUAAACCUGAUGAUCGAGCAGAUUGGCAGCCACUGGAUUAUGUGGAGCAGUACAUGGAAACAGAGCUGAUGAAACUCCUUGCUGACUGCACAAAUGCCACAUCACUUGCUAACAGUGGGAGGUAUCUCAACACUUCAGUUGAUGAAAUGUAUCACUUUUUUGGAGCAGCAAUCAUGAUGUCCUGUGUGCCUUACCCACAAACAAAGAUGUUCUGGUCCAAUGCACUACGAAUCCCUGCCAUUAGUGACACAAUGACACGUGAUCGAUUCUUUAAACUGAGAAGCCAUCUGAAAGUAAUCAUUGAUGAUGACAUUUCAGAAGACAAGAGGAAAACUGACAAAUUCUGGAAGGUGAGACCUUUUAUGGAUCGAAUACUCAACGGCUGCCGCCUUCAAGCUCGACCGGAAUGUGUCUCGAUAGAUGAGCAGAUGAUACCAUUUACUGGAGCCUGUCCGUUUCGACAGUAUGUGCCACUGAAGCCCAACCCAAUUGGAAUGAAGAACUUUGUGCUGGCAUCAGCAGAUGGUAUUGUGCUGGACUUUGAUGUCUAUCAAGGUGCAAAGGCACUGGGUCCACAGGUUCCAAACACAGAAGGAUUGGGUUUAGGAACCUUGGUCACCGCACGUCUGUCUGAAACCCUGCAUCCGGGUACCAAAGUGUAUUGUGAUCGGUUCUUCACAAGCAUAACAGCUGUGGAUCACAUGCUGGACAAGCAGGUGUACCUGACUGGUACAGUGAUGAAGAACCGGGUCCCCAAAGCACUGGAGAAGCUCCCAAGUGACCAAACAAUGAAAGAGCAAGGAAGAGGUUCCUUAGCAUCAGUUACUAGGGGAGAUGGAAAACUAUGUGUAGUUAAGUGGUAUGACAACAAGCCGGUUGUGAUGCUUUCUGUCGUUCAUGCUGAACAGCCAGAGGACACCUGCCAGCGGUGGUCCAAGAAAGAAAAACAAUAUGUGACUGUUAGACGACCAAGCAUUGUGUGUGAGUACAAUUCCAAGAUGGGUGGGGUUGACUUGGCAGACCGGAUGAUGAGCUACUACCGAAUGAGUGUCCGAACCAAGAAGUGGACAAUUCGGAUGCUAAUGCACUUCACUGAUCUCGCUCUUGCCAACAGCUGGCUGCUGUAUCGCCGAGAUAACCAGGAAAAUGGUACCCCAAGAAGGGCAAUCAAGAAGUUCCUUGAGUUUCGCAUGGAAGUGGCUCAGGUGUUCCUCAACAAGUGUGACACUCAUGUUGCAGGUGCAGAGGAGGAGAAUGCACAUCGUCCACAACCAAGCAAAAGAUCUCGGGUCACUCCAGUCCCCCAUGUCUCAGUCCGCACUACUUCUGCUGUACAUCUACCAGAGAUGGUUGACCUGAAAAACCCAAUGCGUUGCAGAGGACAAGGCUGCUCUGGGAAGUCUCGUGUGCGGUGUAUGACGUGCAAUGUGUUCCUCUGCUUGCAGAGUGGACGCAACUGUUAUGCAGCAUUUCACUUGGGCAAGUAGGACUAGUAACUUGUUAGAAGAAGCUAGUAAGAGAAGGCAAGAGGGGGAAAAAGGCUGCUAAGGGAAAUAAAUAGACAUUAUUUUGUAUGUUUUUGUUUCUACACAGCUGUGUUCAGGUGUUGAAAUGAACAAGUUCAAUCUGUUUUGCAGCACUUUUGCAGCAUUUUGGAAGGGGUAACAGGUGUUAUGGAUGGUUCCAAAAAGUACAUUGGGUUAUUAUUUGGCAUUGUUUGCACUAUUGUUUUGUAUUUAGACGGGCGUGUUUUUGUGCAUUCUCAGUUUCAUAUGUGAUGUAGGGUGUUGAUUUUGGUACAUUUAGUCAAGUACUGUAAUAAGUACAAAUUUUUAUUUAUUUGUGCUUUAAUUUUACUUUACCAUACUUUAUACCUCUACUUUGCUGCAUUUCAGAGGCAAAUAUUGUAUUUUUUACUCUGACACAUUUAUUUAUACUACUUACUCAUAACUUUACGAUAAUAAUAUUUGCACUAUUGUAUAGCCAUGUUUAGGGCUUGAAAUACACACUUUACAUUGUUUGCA